GGCGUGGCGGGCGGGGAGGAGGAUCCGGUUGCAGGUGUUUUCGAGCAAGAUCCUGAUUGCCGUAAAGGAGACUGCGCGGGCUCCGCUGAAGGGAGGAGGUCCCCCUAGGUUCCGGCUCGACACCGCCGCCGGAGCUUCUGCCAGGAGCGCGGUUCCGGCUGGGCUAGUGCGGAUCCGGAGCGCGGGUGACUAGGGGGCGCCACUCGCCUGUUCGAGCCGGUCCGCCCGUCCCAGCGGGGACUUGCUUGGGGAAGGAAGGCGGACGAGGACAGGAGCGCAAGCCGAGGAUGUGGCGGUGGGAUGCGCGGGUGACGAAUCUCUUCAAGAGGAACCUUCAACCCACGCUGACCUACUGGAGCGUCUUCUUCAGCUUCGGCCUGUGCAUCGCCUUUCUGGGGCCCACCCUGCUCGACCUGCGCUGCCAGACUCAGAGCUCGCUGUCGCAGAUCACCUGGGUCUUCUUCUCGCAACAGUUCUGCCUGCUGGUCGGGAGCUGCUUGGGCGGCAUUUUCAAGAGAACGUUGGCACAGUCUCUGCUUGCUCUCUUUGCUUCAUCCCUUGCUAUUUCUGUGGUUUUCGCCAUCAUCCCUGUCUGUCACAAUGUCGUGGUUCUUGCGGUGGUCAUGGCUGUGGCUGGGCUGGCCAUGGGGUGUAUCGACACACUUUCCAAUAUGCAGCUGGUGAAGAUUUAUCAGAAGGACUCAGCAGUCUUCCUGCAGGCCCUUCAUUUCUUUGUGGGCUUUGGUGCCCUGCUAAGCCCUCUGAUAGCUGAUCCUUUUCUGUCAGACACCAACUGCAUCCUGGCAAAUGGCACAGCCAGUGGUAGCAGCAACCUCCCUCAUAUCCGGAAGUCACUGGUCCCCCAUCAUCCUGGGAACCUGACACAUUAUGACCUACCCACAAAAGGACUGGUGGUGACACGAGUGUCUUAUGCUUUCUGGAUUAUGGCUUUGAUCAACCUGCCUGUUCCCAUUGCAGUAUUCCUUUUGCUGUACAAGGAAAGGCUCGUGCCCUGCUGUCACAACGGCAGCCCCCCUCUGUUACCUGCAGAUGAACUGGCAAUGGAAACACGGAUAACUGACAAAGACGACUCUUCCGCUUCCUCAUCAAAAAUCCAGGUGGAAAUAGGGCACGAUGACCUCUUUGGGUGCUGCCAAAGCAAGAACUUCAGAGGAGUUCCUUGCUCUUACUUUGCUGUCCACAUAACUGGAGCUCUUCUCCUUUUUAUGACAGAUGGCAUCCUGGGGGAAUACUCUGGCUUUGUGUACAGCUAUGCAGUGGAGGAACCACUCUCAGUGGGACACAAGAGGGCUGGCUAUCUGCCCAGUCUCUUCUGGGGGUUCAUCACACUGGGCAGACUCAUUUCCAUCCCUGUCUCCUACAGAAUGAAGCCAGCAACCAUGGUUUUCAUCAAUGUGGUUGGAGUGCUGGUAACAUUCUUCCUGCUCCUAAUUUUUUCUACCAGUGUGGUUUUUCUCUUUGUGGGGACUGCCUCGCUUGGCCUCUUCCUCAGCAGCACAUUCCCCAGCGUGCUGGCCUACACUGAGGACAUUCUACAGUACAAAGGCUGCGCCACUACUGUGUUGGUGACAGGAGCAGGAAUUGGAGAGAUGGUUCUACAGUUACUGGUAGGGUCGAUCAUUCAUGAUCAAGGUAGCUAUAGUUUCCUGGUGUGUGGAACCAUCUUUGGAACUUUGGCCUUUACUUUCUACGUCUGUCUUCUGUUUUUCCACAGGAUUCACCCUCACUCCCAAUCAGAUAUGGACGUGUCACCUGACAAGCAGCCAACAAUAGGAGAACAUGGACUUUAUCAGAGCUAAAUAAAACAGCAAGUUCUUACCUGGAUCAAACACAUGGUCAUUUCAGCUGAAAGAUUUGUUAUCAAAGCCUGAUUUGAAACUACCUGAAUUUUCUACAGUUGAACUCCUUGAUCAUAGUUCAUUCCCAUUUAUGGUUAGAAGGGAAUGGUCACAGCAACAAAGACUGAGGGACCAUCUGCAGAAUCCUAGAGAGGCCAAAUUUUUGAUAUAUGAUCAUUUAAGACCAUUCAAGAGCACAGGUAAAAAAAUAUACUACUGUCAUUUUAUAGACCUUGCUGACAGGAAGCUGGGGGCAGGGGAUAUACUAGUAUUUUAUACGUAGGAAGUUUUGGAAAGCACCCUUCUUAAUGUAAACUGUUAGCUGCAGGAAAGUUUUAAAAACCUCUACCCUUGGUGUUGUACAUAGCCAUCCAGAAUAAAAAUGUAUCAAAUUGCCACCCAGUUUGAAGUAUUCAAGUUUUGUCUGUCCCCAGAUGGGACUUUAAUAUGUUCUGGUGGUGAAAAGCCCUAGACACUGUUGAUAGUACAGUAUAGAGCUCAACCAAUGAGGGGUUAAGCUUGGUUGAAUCAAUAUAAGAUGGCCUUUUAACAUUAGCCUACUAAAUGGUAUAAGCCAGAUGGGCUACUGUAUUUGUCAGAAAAGCCCAAGUCCUGAAGUAUUAAAAAAUUUUUAAGUACAUGAAGUCAAAUGUUACAUCUCUUGCAAUUGUGCAAUAUUGUAUACUAGGUGCCUUCCAGGAAGAGAACUUGAGAGGUACUAAAUAAAUGGUAACUAUUCCCAUGACUGGCUCAAAUAAAGAAAAUGGGAUAGGUGGGGAUUGCAAAUGCUGUCCCAUGGGUAUACAUUUGUAUGUAUAUAUAAAGGAAUGUUACAUAUGGUAUUGUUGCAUGAACUUGUAGAGUGACUAAGAUGGGACCCAGCAACAUUACUUAAGCUAUUUUUUCUAAGAGGCUUGUUGCACUUCUCAUUUCAAAAUUGUAUAUUUAUACUAAAUUUGUAUUGCAAUGUGGCUUUCAGAUUGCUAUGUUGCAUGGGUAUGCACCCUCAUCUUUGAUUUCCAUGUUGUUUAAACCUUAAAAUACACUGUCCUUAUUACAGAGCAUGUGUACUCAAGUUCAGAUGAGUAUAAAGUGGACCAAUGACCUUUUCUAAUGGCCCAUUUCUAGAUUUUUACAUUUCUAAACCAGAAGAAAAAUCAGGUGAAUGUUACUAUCCAAUUUCACGUGUUAGGAUUCUGGCAUUACACAAGACUCAAGCUGAUGAAAGUAGCAGCUUCUGCUGCUACAACAGAAAGGCCACCAUAUUAUCUGCAAGCUAUUUUUAAUAUAUGGGGGUCGGUGGGAAUUAAUGACACAGGUAAUAUUUAAUUAAAAUUAAGCUUAAAUUUAAGUUUGUCCUGGCCCACCCACUUGCUGGAGUGCAGCAUCCAACCCAGGACUUAAUAGCCUAAUAUAGCUCAUAGCCAAAUACAAACCAGGAUUGGAAAUGUUAACCUUAAAUCAUAAUGUGGUUUGCUUGACUUUAAUGUAUUUACAAAUCAUAGUUUAUUUAGACUGCAGACAGAACUCAGAUGUUGUAGUUUGUAAGACAUGGUUUAAUGUCAUAUAAUGCAACCACUUAUGAUUUAUUCCACAAUCCAUGUUAAGCAAAGCAUUGAUUAACAUAUUGUGUGAACACAAUCUGAGUAAAACAGUUUGGAACAAAAGUGGAUUUUAUAGAUGCAGCC